GACUGGAUAUUUGGUGCUUGCUGAUUGAUACAUGCUCAUACAUUGGAGUCAGUCGUUUUCUGGCAAGUUCUGUAAUUGACUCUCAAUCUGCUUUGGGACUCGGAUAAAUGGCAAAAGCACCGUCUAGUGCAGCUUCACAAGUGGAGCAACUCAUCUUUGAUCACUUAAGGAGAGCUGCCACUCCAAAGAAGGCCUGUGAGAUUGCCGGUGCAUGUUCAGUUACAAAAAAGGAAGCCAAGAAAGUGCUGUACAAGUUGCAUAAGGAGGGAAAGGUUGAGAAGCAGAGUGACGAUAACAAAUGGCUUGUCCGUGCAGACGCAGAGGUGGAAUGUCAUCAGAAAACCGCCGAGUUGAAAAUCGAUGACACCGCCCUAGUCCCACUGCACCAGCCUGUGAACGCUGUGACUCCUGUGAAAGAUGACCGCAAACUGUCAGAAAAUCAGGAAAAGAUUUACCAGUUUCUGUCAGAAAAUGGAUCUCGCAGUGCAUUAGCCAUUGCCAAACAUAUGGGAAAGACGACACGAAAGGAAGUCAAUGCAGAUUUAUACGCGCUGCAGAAAAGACAUGUCCUCAGCCAGGAGGAAGACACGAAGCUUUGGUCGGUUUAUGGACAGGGGGCAGGUUACAAACUAACAAAUCCUGGAGCAAAUAAGGAAGCAGGGCCAGUUAUUAUUCAGAAUAAUCCAACAAACAUUAUCUAUCAGGGAGGAGUGCAAAACACCAUCUCUAUAGCUGAUUCCAGAGCUACUCAAAUUGGAAACUACAACUCGCUGAAUCUAGUGGAUAAAAAAGAUGAUUCUAGACCAACUGUUCCAAGACUUAGGGCUGCAUCAGAGAAUGCUGAUAUGUUGCACUGUGAAGCAGAAGCUAAAGCAACCCCCCAGGGUGGUCAGGAAAUUGAUGUCACUGAGUCCACACUCAAGAAUACUGUCAUUGGUGAUGAUAAUCAAAUGAAUAUCAUUAUGAAGGCCUUUGCUGAUAGUCGAGAGGAGCAUCUGGACCAAUAUGGCACUCCAGAAAAGAAUCCAUUUGGUGACAGUUUUUCUGCCAGCCCUGGGCCGUCACUGAAAAUUGUUAACACCUCCCUCCCCGGGGAAGGGAGAGCUCCAUUGCAAAGAGUCAGCAUCGACAAGUCCGAGAUGGAGAACGUCAUGAUCGGAAACAACAACCAAAUGAGUGUUCAUGAGCAAUAUGGUUCUGCCGGCCUCGCAGAUGAGGAGACAAAUGAGGAAGACGAUGCUUCAGAUUCCAACUUGAUAUCGGAGCAAAGCGAAUGGACAUCCUGUGAUGAUAGCAGCCUGGAUCGGUCAAGUGACAUUUCCAUCCUUUGUGAAAAGUUGCAAGAUGUAAUCAUUGGGAACAACAACUAUAUGAAUGUAGAAGAAACUGCAGAUACUGAGAGUGGUGAAGGAGAUGAAGACAAAUAA